CAUUGACAAAUGAUCCAUUUCGGGUGAACAGGUAACGAUUCGCCCGCGAAUCUGCGAACAACUCGCGCCGCGAAUCUCCACCCUCCGGUUUCCUCUUGCGGCCUUUUUUCCUUUUUGGUUGUGGAUGAAGAAGAGCUGCUUGUUAAAUUUGUGAUUGAUUCCAUGGAUCUUGAAAGCAAUAGGUUUGGAAGAGGACCUAAAGAACUUGGUGGUGCCGUUGAUCUCAUCAAAAAAUUCAAACUCUGGCCACAUCAUGAAUUCUUUUGCAAGAGGCCGCUUCCUUUGUCAAUAUCAGAGACAACCUAUAUCCGAAAUGUGGUCGGAGACACAGAAAUCAGGAAAGGCAAAGGGAUGGAGUUGGAUCAGCUUUUCCCAAAUGCCUCUGAUUCGAGAGGGAGAAAUCUAAGCAUAGGUCCUUUUGACUUGGAUUUACUUGGGGAAGCCUUUCAGAUGAGAGAAACUGCUUGUGUUGACCUGCCUUUGGCAGAGAAGGGGAUCCCCACAAUGGUCUCUAAGUCAAAAGCUGAGUCCAAAGACAAGAAGAGGAAGCAUAGAAAGCAAAAAGACAAGGAAAAAGAGAAAGAUAAAAAUAGUAAGAAGCAUAAGCAUCAUCACAAGGACAUGACUAGUGAUAGAAAUAAAAACAAAAUUAGACAUCAUGAUUCUGGUCCUGAGGAUUUGAAGAAACCGCAAGACAAGAAAAGGAGGUAUGCUGUGAAUGAUGAUUUUUUGGAUGUCCACAGACAUCAAAAUGGCCAGAACCCUAGAAGGAUUGAGAGGGGCAAGUUAAAGGUGGCUGGUUGAAAACUUGUCACUUGAACUUCCCUAGCUAUUGCCUUUUGCUCUGGGAGGUACUAAGUUAUGAAGUAACUUUAUGAAUUAUGAUCCUUAUCUUUGGUAACAGAAUUGAUAUUGUUGAUGUUGCUGAGGAUUGUUUGUGGUCUAACCGGUUGCAAGGUGGAGCAGCAAUGCUUCAUGGGAGGGCAGAAGGAAAGCCCAAUAUAUGAAGAGUUAGUCAGAUCUUGACUAGUCUUUUCGUUUUUCAUUUUCUUUUGUCAUAUUAGUUCACUUGGAAUUUUCUUUGGAAUCAAGAAUUUUACUAUCAAUAGUGCCAGUGACCCUUGGAACAUUGAGAACCUUUUAUAUCAUACAUUCAUUGGAAGUUUUGCAGAAUUUCAAUUUCUUUGAAGCUGUGUUUGUAUUAUAACUAACAGAUGCUUUAGGAAGUUGACAAAUUAGAAGAAUAGUCAUUUUUUUGA